AUGGUUCGUCGUAAGUCGACCAUCGCUGCACCCAAACCAGGCAAGGGAACUCGGCCCAGUAGGAAGCAUUUGAUAGAGGAAGACACCUCCAAUGACGACAACGCAGGAUCCUAUGGAUCAAAGAGAAGUAAACUGGAAUUUAUCGAGAAAGGGCGAGGAUCCCUUAUUCAGAUGUUCCCUCCCCCAUACCGUUGUUACGAAAAUAGGCCAUCUCCUUACUACUUCAUGUCGUUACCUCCCCGCUGUCCCAUUCUCGACGAGGUGACGGUACCCACUGCAGUCAUAGGAAUGACUACCAAUGAGCUAUGGCUCAAGCGAGAUGACAUGUUCUAUAACAUGGACCACGAAGCCCUGUCGCUGUGUACCGACACAAAGAGCCUAUACAGAUUGACAAACCUGCAAGGCAGGACUAUGAAACUUGAGGACUGCCAGUUCCUACCUCAGUAUGCCAAUCAUCUUCAACGACUAAACCUCGCAUUGACACUUACGAACGAUUAUGUCAAGCAACUCGAACAACAACGCGAUCAGAUGCGGACAGACAUGAAGAGCUGGCGAGCUGAGCGACGCGAAUGGGAAGCGACUAUUCUUGCAGCCAACGGUAUGCGGGCACCCGUCCUCGAACCUCUUGUCCAGGCAGAGAAAGAGAAGGAGGCUCAGGGUUACUUCCCGGAAGACUUCGCUGGCUACCACCCUGAUCAUACGGAAGAAACACCCAAAUUUCUCCACGUCUUCCACCAUAAGAAAGAAAAUGGCUCCAUGUCGUCCCAUCUACACGGCAAGCUAGUCGUGACCAAUGCCUUGUCACACAAGAUCCAGUCUGCCGUCAUUGCUGAAGAAGAUCAACUUGAGGUAGCCGCAUGUAUACUUAGGACUGCCGUACCUCUAGUCAAGCGUAAAGAGCAGUCACGUCUCCAGCGGACAACUCCCAACGCCCAGGCUCUCCAAGGUCAUGUGGCCGAGGAUGAAGAUUUCCUCGGCGCGUUCGAUCCCCCUUUGCCACCUAUGUCUGAAAAGUGCUGGAACCUAGACGAGGAUAACCCCAUCCUUCACCGUGAACUCUUCCUAAAAUGGGUCAUGGGUCGCUACAUGAUGUGGAAACCAAAGGUCCUCAAGAUCGCGAGUGCUGAGGAUUGUCGAGAAUUCUUCAGACUGCCCAGUAUGCCCAUCCCUUCACCUUGGCCCUCCUCAAUCAGAGAACUUAAGCUCCCCUCGCCAACAUGUUGGAGGGACCAUAAACCUUGGCAAUUUCCUGCUUUUGUACUUCUGGCCUUCGUAAAGAAAAGAUCUAAAGCGAAUAAAUUAGUGACAAUCAACGCAUUAUUCGUGAAGGAAACAUUAAGGGUCCUUCGGGAGAUGGAAAUCGCCUGGCAGAAUAUGGAUGCUAGCAGUCGCUGGUUUCGUCUAAAAAAUAAUGACACAAAAAUGGACUGGGUAAUUGAAACGGCUGUCACACUCUUCAACGCCCUCUAUCCCAGCGACAAUGUGCAUGAGCCCGAGUCCGAGUCCGAUUUCUAG